UUCAAGGAUGGAUUUUAACCCUAAUAAUACUAGAAAAAAAUUAGAAAAUGUUGAGAAUUUUUUAAACAACACGAAAGAUAGGUUAUUUAAUACCUUUGGUAUUAAUCCUCUGACUACAUCUUUGGGAAUUAAAAUAGAUAUAGCUACUAGUCCUGAAAUUGUUGAAGAUAAUUGGUCUAAAUAUUUAGAAAUAUGUGAUAUUAUAAAUGAAACACCUGAAGGGCCUAAAGAUGCUUCUAGGGCUAUUCGCAGAAAAUUAUGCAUAUCAGCAGGAAAAUACAAUAAUUCCAUCAUACAUACUCUCAAUUUACUGGACAGUUGCGUCAAAAAUUGCGGCCACAGGUUUCAUGUUUACAUAGCAACAAGGGAAUUUUCCAGAGAUUUGAUCAAAAUUCUCAAUCCCAAAUUUAAUCCCUCAUUCGCUAUUCAACAAAGGAUUCUUGCACUCAUACAGAGCUGGGCUAGAGCCUUCACAGAUUUUCCCGACCUGCAGGGGGUUGUUCAGAUGGAAAUUGAACUCAAGUCCAAAGGCAUUGAAGUACCUUUGGCCGAUACCGGUUGCAUCUAUUCAGUCCAGAAAACGAGCAUUGAUAAUUACAAUCAAUCGAUCAAUAAUUUAGGAGAGGCUUGUACCCAUUUGGUUGGAAAUUCGAAUCAAAUCGUUCCACUUGGGGCAAAUCAAUUGGCCGGUCACAUACUUGGGGACAAAAACUCUUCUAAAUUGCAAAGUGAGUUGGAAAUCGUAAAAACUAACAUCCAAGUCCUGGGAGAUAUUUUAAAUGACAAACUAACUUCGAAUGUAAAUGGCUCUAUUUGUCACGAAGAAGAUGUAGAUUUGGUCAAAAAAUUAUAUUCGAUAUGCAAGGAUAUGCAAGGUAGGAUAAUUGAACUGCUCAACAAAGUUGCAAACGAAAGUAUUCUCACAGACUUAUUGAGCAUAAACGACGAACUAAACCAACUAUUUUUAAAAUACCAGCAAUUCGAAUCCACAUGCAUCACUGACCCAUGCAAAACAAAAGAAAGUGAUCCAUUUCAACAUACCAAUAUUUUUGUCGAAGACUCAAUAACUUCGUGCAAUGAUAUAAUUAUAUUAACUAAUAGACGAAAAACCCCGAGUUACACCGAGCACACAAGGAGACAAUCCGGCUUUAGAAAUAUCGAAGAAUCUUUACUUCCCGUAUUAAUCAAUAAGAAUAACCCUUCAAUUUCUCAUAUAAUGAUCGAAGAAAAACCUUUGAUUCAAUUCGAAGAUAAUGGGCCAGUCGCAACCGGAGACUCUGAUUUAACGACAGAUAAUAAAUUGGAACAAAUAAAUCCUCUCUCGAAACGCCAAGACCUAUCUAUCCACAAAUUCCCAAAUUCAAAUGUUUUGCCGGUGGAUAUAAAAGAAAAUGAUGUUGGCAAUAUAGACAAUUGGUUAAAAGACAAACCUUAUCCGAAUCAAACUCUUCAACCUUAUACUAAAAAUAGCGUUUCAUCGAAUAACAAUGAUUGAUAUUGAAAAAUAAUUAAUCUAAAGAUAUUCCUUCUUCAAUAAAAGAUGAAAUAAUGAAGAGAUGCAUAAACAAAAUUUUUAUUCCAAAAACUUAUUUUAUUUCUUUCUAAAACUAUAUUAUAAACAAAUAAUAAAUUUUUAAAUAGGCGAUAUUGUU